AUUAAAGUGAGCAUGUUAUUCGGUUGUCUAUAUAUUAUUUAGUGGGAAUUUGUCGAUUAAAGUUACUUAAAUAUUAAUUUACGUACAAAUAUAUUGCUUUAGAAAACGACCUUAAACUUUUAAAAUGUCAGGUUUCAAUUUAACAAGUUUGGAAGAAUGCUUGGAUAAAUAUAUUCCCAACGAAGAAUUGAAAGAAGUGAAACGAAUCUUAUACGGACGUGACGAUGACAAUGUUCUUCAAAUACCAGAGCCAGCAAAAGCUAUUGCUGAUCAGAAUGGUUUUGAAAUAAAAGGAUUUCGUUUUGCUGCACAGCCUGAACAAAUACGGAAACCACGCCUUGUACGAAUAGGAGCAAUUCAAAAUUCUAUUGAACUUCCAACAACAGAACCGAUCGAAAAACAACGUGAAGCGAUUUGGGAAAAAAUUCGUAAAAUAUUAAAGGCGGCAGCUGCAGCAAAUGUGAAUAUAGUAUGCAUGCAAGAAGCUUGGACAAUGCCCUUUGCCUUUUGUACCCGUGAAAAAUUCCCUUGGUGUGAGUUUGCUGAAGAGGCUGAAAACGGACCAACAACAAAAAUGCUGCAAGAACUGGCAAAAGCCUAUAACAUGGUAAUUAUAUCAUCAAUACUUGAACGUGACACAGCACAUGGUGACACUAUUUGGAAUACAGCAGUCGUAAUAUCCAACUCUGGUCGUUAUAUUGGUAAACAUCGCAAAAAUCAUAUACCACGCGUUGGAGAUUUUAAUGAGUCUACAUAUUAUCAUGAGGGUAAUACAGGGCACCCAGUAUUUGAAACUGCAUUUGGUAAAAUUGCCAUUAAUAUAUGUUAUGGACGUCAUCAUCCACAAAAUUGGAUGAUGUUUGGAAUAAAUGGUGCUGAAAUUGUUUUUAACCCAUCUGCAACUGUCGGUGCACUUAGCGAACCGUUAUGGGGUAUUGAGGCACGUAAUGCCGCAAUAGCUAACAGUUACUUUACUGUAGCUAUUAAUCGUGUUGGCAAUGAAGAGUUUCCAAAUGAAUAUACUUCUGGUGAUGGACAAAAGGCACAUAAAGUAUUUGGUCCGUUUUAUGGAUCGACGUACGUUGCCGCACCUAAUGGAGCAAGAACACCAGGUCUAUCACGCGAUAAAGAUGGCAUACUCAUAACUGAAUUAGAUUUAAAUCUUUGCAGACAGGUGAAAGAUUUUUGGUCCUUCCGAAUGACACAGCGUUUACCACUUUAUGUUGAAUCACUCCAAAAAGCAACAGAGUUAAAUUUCCAACCUCAAAUUAUUAGAGAAAAAUGAGUGAAAAAUUAUUAUAUGCCACCAAAUAAAUACUUUUAUUACCUAAUAAAUAGCUAGUAAUGAGAUCGUUACAUUGGA